GAAAUGCGGCUUCCAUGGUCAAUGAUCAGUACUUCUAUGGCAGACUGCAGUGUGUAGCCGUGUUGCUGGUCACCUGUUGGCUGCUGUCUCUGACUGGCUGCCCAUCGGCCGCCUGCCCGACGCAUACGGCGGUACCGAAGGCCGGCCGCAACGCCAACGCCACGCACCCCUACAGCAUCGCCACCUUGGACCGCAUCGUGGAGGAAGCAACACACGACCCGGACAGUGAUGUGAUUGCUCUGGCUUUUGACGGGCCCAUCCCCACCGCCAAUGGCAACCAAGCGCAACUGGUCCGUGUCGACUCCGGCGCCAGUGCCUCCGUCGUGUGCGCGGCGCACAGUCUCCCCUACACCUUUCCGCAGCACCUCCCCGAAUUCUCCUGGACGCACCGGCAGCGGCCGCUGGCCUUCCUCAGCAACGGCCGCCUCGUCAACGUUCACCCCGGCACCUUCGACCUCGAGCAUUCCGUGCAAUCCCGCCCGGCGCCGGCAUCCCCCUUCGCCGACGUCAGCGUGACCUUGACCUUUAGAAACGCCUCCUGGCAGGCCAGCGGCGACGUGACCUGCACCCAGCACUGCCUCGGGCCCUUGACCUUGCUGCCGGCGCUGCUGGAGCCCGCUGCCGCGCCCCUCUGCGCCAGCCACACCCAGCACUUCCGGCUGCUGGUCUUCCCCUCCGCCGGCGACCUCUUCCCGGUCCCCCUGGCCAACGUCAGCGUGCUUCGCGGGGCCGACGUCCAGAUGAGCUGCGUGGCCAACGCCCGGGAUGUCGCCCAUACAGACACCCUGACCUUUGUGUGGUGCUUGAACGGCCGCGUGAUUGCCACCCGCGGGGAGCACCCGUUGCGGGCGCUGGCCGGCGACGUCGUGAGCCGGCACGGCGGCUUCCCCUUGCACGGCAUCUCCACGGCUCGUGAGUUCACGUUCGGCGUGGCGUACAACCGCACGGCGACGACGGUGAGCAGCACGCUGGUCGUCUACAGCGUGGACCUGCACACGUCGGCGCGCGUCGAGUGCUGGGUGCGGCCCGACGCCAGUGAGGAAGUGUGGCGCCGGCAGACCGCCUACCUCCAUGUUCUCACCACUUUGGCCGCUUAAUCGGCCGGCUGGAUCUGGGUAUGGCGUAGUCGGUUGUUAAUUGAUUUUGCCAGAUGGCCAAUGCCCAUUUCGCUACUGUAAUAU